CAUGAUUCGCCCUGCCACUCACCAUAGCUCCCCUCCACGCUAGCUUGCAGCGGUGUCGUCGCAGGCAGCUUGAAUCAGUAGCGGACAUGGUGUCCAUGGCGCCUUCCUCCUCCUCCUCCUCCACCCUGCUCCUCCUCGCCGCCGUCCUGCUUCUCCGCCCGCUCGCUGGAUGCCACGCCGCCACGGAUGCGGCGGCGGCGAGGCGGGAGUGCACGUACACGCUGCGGGUGAGGACGAGCUGCGCGUCGCCGGAGCGGACGGGGGACGCCGUCAGCGUCGCGUUCGGGGACGCGUACCGGAACGAGGCGUACGGCGCGCGGCUGCCGUCCUCCGGGGGCGGGGGCGCGCUCGACCGCUGCGCCGUCGACACGUUCCGGCUCGCCGGCCAGUGCGGGUACGGCGUCUGCUACCUCUACCUCCGCCGCUCCGGCCGCGACGGGUGGGCGCCGGACUGGGUGCAGGUGCUCGAGCCCGGCGCCGCCGCCGGGGAGAAGCCAUCCACCUUCUACUUCGGCUCGCCGCUGCCGGACGGCGUCUGGUACGGCCACAACCGCUGCCCCAAGGCCUCGCCGGCGAUGGCGGCGCGCCGGACGAACACCUCUGCCUCUCCUCUAGGCUAGCUGCUCGGCAAUGUACUACGGAUUUGUGAAUUUUCUGAAUUCUGAUACACCCAAUCCAUGAUCCAUCACCCCAGAACAAUCACCCUCGUGUAUGUGAAAUAAAUUAAUCAGAAAUAAGAGUUUUUCGAUGGCGUAUUUCAUUA